AUGACCGAACGAAAGAGUUCUGGCAAGCCUCACGUGAAGCGUGGUACCAGACUCAUCUCGAGAUCAACGAAGCCCUCCGCCAACAACGUCGUUACCCCGCCGAAAGCUGCCGUAGCCGCUCCCAAUGCGAGGAAAGACGAAGUACAUCGACGCCGAUACCCCUUCAAUGAUAUGCUGAAGCGCAAAAGCGAAGGUGCGGUAGAUCUCGAGAGAGACACUGCACCUCCAGGGCCUAGCAAUGAGCUUUACAGCAAGUCGGAAAUGGCGUCAUCGGGCGAUGAUGCCGUAGACGCGCGCAUGGCACACAGAAUAGCGGACCUGGAAAGAGCUCUCGCGAUUGCGAAGGAGGAACAGAGCUUGGCUAGGGAGGAGCUAUCAAGAUUGAGACAAUUCAGGGAGGCAGAUCAAGACGCGAUUGAGGAGCUGAGGGCGCAACUCGCUCAGUCGGCUUCGAAUACGGAUACAGUCCCACCGGCACAGCUCGAAGAGCGGCUCGCGUCGCACGAAAAAACACAUCAAAACCGCAUCGAGCGACCACAGUCGAAUGGGGAAGCAGACGACCUACGCCUACGCCUCCACGCCGCCGAGAAGGAAUCACAAGAGAGGCUCCAGCAACUUCUCGCACUGAAGUCAAGCAUAUCCUCGCUCACGCGCAUGGACUCACAGAUCACGGAUAGUGAGCUGGCAGAAUCGUUCUCACAACUUGCAAAUCGCGUGCGCGAAUGGACGGUGUCGAACUUCCGGCGAUCGAGGUUGAAUCUGGAAAACCUUCCGAAGGAGACGGAGGAGGUUCUCAGCGCGUUGAAUCCGCUGUACAGUGUUAACAUUCGGAGUACGGAUAAGCUUGCGCUGUAUCAGGCUAUCGUGUCGCAUUCGCUUAUGCAGAUUUUCGAUGCUCCUAUUGUGUUUGGGUUACCUAGCUCAGAUCCUUUCGCUGGCUUACGACCACUCGCAGAGCACACACGGCAUCUUGGUACCACAUAUCGGGAAUGGGUGCGCGCUACCGUGCAGGUGCUCGAACGUAGCGAAGCGCACAGUGACAUCGAAACCGAAAGAGAAGCCUCACUACACCGACUCGCCGGAGAGAUCAGCCACAUACUCUUCACGCUGACGUCCGUGAGCCUUCCACCAUCCGCUCAGUCAACGCUCACUGGGGUAUUGAAAGACGCCGUGACGUUGCAGCGUACACUGGCUCUACAAAAGGCUCGUUACCAGUUGCUCUUCUUCCGCUGCCAAGAUGCGAGUAUGCAGUUCGAUGAACGCACGAUGGAAGCUGUUAAUGACGUUGAUCCCGCUGUGGAAGAUGGCGCUGAUAUGGAUGUCGAUCGGAGGUUUCUGUUCUGCGCAUUCCCGGGUCUGAUCAAGUGGGGGGAUGAGUGGGGAGAGCAUGCUGAGAUGAGUAAUGUUUUGUUGAAAGCGAGGGUGUGCUCUGGUGUGAGCUGA